GUAUUCCUAGCAUUGAAGAACCCAAAUAAGGCACCAAAAGAAGUGAAGAACCUAAUCCUUAAUAUCGUUCAAAUAUAUUUAUUUUUGUUGCUGUUAUGUUCUAAGUCUGUAGUCACUAGAGCUCAUAAUCUAACCAAUGCAGCUAGAAGAGGGAGGAAAUACAAUUUUCUCAACUUGAGAAAUGUUGUAUGUUUCUCAAAGGGUAUUUUCAUCUGUUUGGUAAAAUAAGCAAGGUUAUUUUCGUUUUGGCCUUGUAUAGUUGUAUCUCUAGUUCUCUACCAAAAAAAAAAAAAAAAAAAAAAAAAAAAAAAGAGAAGAAAAGUAAGGCAACAAUUACAAGUACUCCGUAGUAAAAAGAUAAAAAAAGUUGUUCUCAUGAAUGUAAAAUCGCCAACAAAGUUGUUUAAAAUAACAUAAUAUUGCAUACUUUCUAUAAUGAAAGAAAACUAUCGUAAGGUUCACCAGGUCUCUCUUUCCUUCCAACCCUCCCCUCACAUAUUUUCCCUAAUAAUCGAAAAUUUUCCAAUCGCCAUAUACCAGAAACGAUUAAAGCUUCAAUUUAGCAGAUUUAACAUUGAAUUCACGCCAAUUCAUCCUUCAACAAGAAAUACCGGGUGCAAAGCCCUUCAAUUUCUUCAAACAUCUAUGAAUCUGCUGUAGAAUUGGAAUCAACUUGAAUAUUUGCAUCCAAUCGUUCAUUCAUUAUCAUCAGUUUGCUGAAAUGAGGCCAAUUAGGCUUCCUGAACCUCCCACUAGUCCCAGGGGCAUGCCGGAGAUCUUCGAAGGAGGUGUUUUUGGUGUAAUUCGACGUGCCGUCAUUAUCGGCAAUGGAUUCCCAGGUGCAGAAAACCAGUGUGUUGGCUUGGCUCGUGCUCUUGGGCUCUCCGACAACCACCUCUUCUAUCGUGUUACAAGGCCCAGAGGAGGAAUCAAUGAGUGGCUUCAUUGGCUUCCUGUUUCGCUCCAUAAGAAAUUGGAUUACAUCAUUAGACAAAUGAGUGUUUAUUCACAUUUUUGGUUUGCGUCAAGAGAGAAGAAAUCUAUUUCCCUUUCUUCAACUACCUUUAGCAGUGUUGGCUUAUCAUCUGUUUGGGAAGCUGAUGUGAAGCAGAUAGUGAGCAUGGCCCAUAAAACUUUUGAAAAGGAUGGCCCUUUAUUGGUGAUUGCAUCUGGAAGGGAUACAAUAUCUGUUUCUAGCUCCAUCAGACAGCUGGCAUCUGAUUAUGUGUUUGUUGUACAGGUUUGCUGUUGGUGUUUCCUCUCUGCCUUCCAACUUUGUGACUUUCUUAUUCAACAUCCAAGAACACGUUUAGAUAGAUUUGACAUGGUUAUUACACCUCGUCAUGAUUACUAUCCUUUAACUCCUGAAGCACAAGAGCAGAUUCCUCAGUUUCUCCGACCAUGGAUUACUCCACGUGAACCACCUGGUAGGAAUGUGGUCCUCACUGUUGGUGCUUUGCAUCAAAUUGAUUCUGCUACCCUACGAAGUGCAGCGAAAACAUGGCAUGAUGAGUUUGCUUCUCUGUCUAGGCCAUUGCUUGUUGUCAAUAUUGGGGGCCCCACAAGCCAUUGUCGAUAUGGUGCUGAUCUUGCGAGACAACUGAUAGUAUACUUACAGAAUAUUCUUUUGAGCUGUGGUACCAUAAGAAUAUCUUUUUCAAGAAGGACCCCAGAGAAGGUUUCCAAGAUCAUAUUGAAAGAAUUUGGAGAUCAUCCUAAAGUUUACAUAUGGGAUGGUGAAGAGCCAAAUCCACAUCUAGGGCAUCUAGCUUGGGCCGAUGCUUUUGUCAUCACUGCAGACUCAAUCAGUAUGCUGAGUGAGGCUUGCAGCACCGGGAAGCCUGUUUAUGUGAUUGGAUCUGAGCGUUGUAAGUGGAAAUUUGCAGACUUCCACAAUACCCUCAAGGAGAGAGGCCUUGUUAGGCCCUUUACUGGUUCCGAGGAUUUAACAGAGAGUUGGAGCUAUCCUCCACUCAACGACACUGCUGACGCUGCCUGUAAGAUACACCAAGCACUUGCUGAACGUGGAUGGACUUUGCGAGCAUAGAGGAGCUCCUAGGCAGUUGUGGCUCUUUGUUUUAAGUUCAAUCUAUUCUUUAACAAUUUGUCUAAUUAUUCCACACAUAUGGGAGCAGAGGUGAUGAUUUAUUACAUAUUGGUUUUUGGCAUGUUAAUAUGUAUGUUCUUUUUUGUAUGGUUAGUGUUUACUGAAGUUAGCGGCCUGUAAAAAUACAAGAGGGACGUUUGUCAAAAAAGAAAAAAUAAAUACAAGAGGAACACUUAUUUUAAAAUUAUUGUAUUGAAUGCUUUACACAGUGUCUCAAAGGGGCACAUAUUCAUAUGUGAUAUGAGGAGUUUUGUGGUAUUCCAAUUA